CUGCGCUUCAUUCGUUGUGUUUCGGUCCAGGAAGGAAAACGCGAUUAUGGGAAAAUCUCCGUGAGUUCGACUUUGUUCAGUUUUAAUCCAGUGAUGUGGUUUGAGAAGUUUUGCUGUAAGACGAGAAAAAAGAAGCAUUUUUCCACAGCAGUUGAUUCAAUGUCGGAAAAUUGAAACAAAGAGUGUGACUUUUUACAUGGAAUGUGAUUAAAUUCAAAGGAAAUCCUUCUGGGGAAUUACUGUGAAUGCUGUGCGACACAGCAGUAAGGAAAAUCGAUCCAUUCGGAUUGUGAAAUUUUACAGCUGCUGAGCCUGUGAAACGCAUCAAGGAAUACACAUGAGGCGUCACAUGCCUUGAAUUAUGAGGGAAUAGCAAAAUGGGAAAAAUUUCGCAUCAGUAGUCAGUGUUGUGAAAUUCGAUGGUGAAAAAUUCGGCCAAAUAAAGAAAUAUGCUACGUGCGUUUUCAGUGAGCUUCUAGCGUGUUGUGGAAAAAUGUGAUAAAAAAUCGCAUAUCUCGAGAGAAAAGUGAUAUUCGUUGUGCUGUUGCUAUUAGAGUGAGAAAACCUUAUUUCUCAGAAAUAUUGAAGAAAAAGAAGGGCGAAAAAUAGAAGUUCUGAGGAAUUCCCUUCGGGGCUUUGACUGCCAACGAUAACAACAACAAAAAGUAUACUCACAGUGGAACCAUUGUUGUUUGCUGCUGAUUCAUCCAUUCUCUCUGCCAAAGGUGAUUCGUUUUCGGAGAAAUCAUUAUUCGAAGAGGAUACUACGAACGAAAAAUACUGUUGAUUCGGAUUAACAAAACACGCAUAUAGGCAAACAUCGUCUGUACCAUUAUAGCCACAGCCGAAAUAGGGUAAUUUCCGACAGACACACCUAGCCCACAACAUUCCGAGACAAUGCAUGCGGUCGGAAUCCACUCGGCGCUGGCCAUCAAACGGCAGCGAAAGCGGCGGGACAAUCAGCGCAAGGCCCGCGAAAGGCGCUACAGUAUACAGAGCUCGGAGAGUGGCGAUACGCACUCGCCCCAUGGUUCCACCCGUCGGAAGUUUCACCCACAUCAUGUGCACGCCACCGACAACAACAAUUUGCUAGAUACAAAAGUAGUCACAAGUAUUGGUAUGCUGCACAUAGGUGUUGUAUUCCUAGUGUUCGGAAUCUUUUUACUAGGGGCUGGAUUUUUUCCAGAUAAUCUAUCAAAUCAAUCGUCACAAUCAUGGCACCUGCUGGGAAAAGGAUCCUGGUGGAACGAGCUAAUAUGCACGGGACUGUUCGCCAUCGGUCUCGGCAUCUUUCUAAUCAUAUUAAACUGUGUGAUAAGCAGUCGGGAGGAACAGGACCUUGAAAGUUACGUCCAGCGGCAGCUAACCCGAUCGAGAUCCGGCCAUCGACUGGAGCGCGACGUUGAGACGGGUGGUCUUACGACACGUCACCACCGCAAAGCCAUGCAGAUACAGAAGGGUGCCGCCGAGAGGGGCCUCGACGAUCUGUCCAACUCCAAUAUCCUGCUGACUCCCACUAGCAGCGAAGUGGUGACACCGACCACUCCAUCCGGAGUACUCGGAGCAUCGGGAGAAAUUUUAUUGGAGAAAAUACUCGAGGAGGACAGUAGCUACGGUGAUCCGGAUUACUACACCCGUAACGUUGGUCAAUCUCCGCCCGGUUUGGACAACGACAAGAAGCUGCUGCUGGGUAAUGGUCACACCGGCGCCAUACAUAUGACCGAUAUUUAAAUCCUCGGUGUACCGCCCCUCAUUAAUAAACCUAUCGCCAACGCCAUCAUCGCCAUUAUCGUCACCGGGGCAGCAGUUUCCAAUGAUGUCAUCAUCAUCAACGUCGUCGUCGUCGUCGCCAACGGUAAAAUGGAGACCGACCAUUACCGCAAAGCAUCGUAAGUAGGAAACAGCGGCAGAAGAGCUGGGCACCACGAGAAAUGUGUGCUACAUGAUUGCUCUCUUUUUCCAAUCUUCUACACUAAGUAGAUUUUUUCUAUAUUGACAUAGAUAUUGAUAGGUAAGAUUCAUAUAGUUCAAGUACGUGAAGGUAUAUAAAAUUAAAUAAAAAUGACAAAAAACAGAAACUUAUAAAUCAAUCCAUAAGCUAUCCAUAAUCAUGCACGGAUGAAAGGAUGAAGAAGAUAAGAACAUUUAACAUUAAUAGGGAGGUCCUUUCGAGGACGGCUAUCUACGGUCACGGUGGGUUUGUUAUCGUCGUCUGGCUUCUAUGCCAUUUAGAUAAUGAGGUGAAUCUUCUAUCAAG